UUCAAUUUGUUUGCACUUGCCGCACAUAGGGUUCAACUUUCAACAUCGAUCAUGAGUAUCGUUCUUCCAUCAAAUUUGCCGCAUGAAAUCAACGCGCCGUCGCCAAUAACCCUCCCGGACGAGCUCAUCGCCGAGGUCCUCUCCCUGCUUAACGUAAAAUCACUGACGCAACUCAAAUGUGUGAGCAAGUCUUGGAACUCAAUCAUCUCCGAUCCAAUCUUCGUCAAAAUCCACCUUCAUAAAUCUUCGCGAAAUCCACACAUCAUUCUGUUCCCGUCAGACGUUAUCAACAAUUCCGUAUUUGUCCUCCCCAUAAGCCUACUUCAGAAACCGUCAUUCUAUUUCUUCAACUAUGAAUCUGAAUACCAUUCGAUGAAAUUGCCUCAUCGCCACCGUGUUAUUGGCUCCUGCAAUGGAUUGAUAUGCUUGCUCAAUUCUCGUGGGAAUGAAUUUUAUCUAUGGAAUCCUGCCACCAAUCCGUUCUAUGAAAACCUAGGUUCUUUUCCCCUUCAUUUUCAAUAUUCAAAUUCCUUUUACAAAUUCUCAUUCGGUUAUGAUAAUUUAACCGACAAGUAUAAGUUGGUGACAUUCUCUUCCAAAGAGGUUAGAGUCAGAGUUUUCACUUUCGGCCCUAAUAUUUGGAAGAAUAUACCGUGUUUUUCUAUCUAUCCCUAUGAUAGCGAGACUAAUGAAGGAGUCUAUUUGAAUAAUACUCUUAAUUGGUUUGCCUUUCUCAAUAACAAUCCUUAUUGUUACCAAAAUCUUAAUUUUGAGCAAUUUGCUAUUAUAUCACUUGAUUUGGGAACGGAGACUUACAAAGAGUUUCCAUUCCCUCGAGAGUUUGAUGAAGUACCGUCUUUUCCGCCAAUUGUUUGCGUCCUGAUGGAUUGCUUAUGUUUUUCCCAUUACACCAAGGAACAUAGUUUUAUUAUAGGGCAGAUGAAGGAAUUUGGAGUUGAAAAGUCUUGGACUAAAGUGCUUAAAUUUGAUUUUCAUUCUAUAUUUGAAUGCUACAAAUUAGUUCAUUUGUUGCCAUUCUACAUGUUUGAGAAUGGAGAUAUUCUGAUAUUGGAGAGAAAUGCUGGACAAGUAAUUCGCUAUGAUAGGAGAGAUAACAGAGUAGUAAUAAAAACUAUACAUACCAAUAAUAACAUAUAUUUGUCCUCUGUUGUCCCUUAUGUUGAAAGUUUAGUUUCAACUUUUUAAAUGUAAUGUAAGUUCAUCAAACUUAUUUGAUUAUUUUAUUUGUCAUAGCUUUGGUACAUGCUUCUAUUCAUGAACUGUGUAAGAAUAAAGUCAUUUUUAUUUUAUGGGUCAUAGAUGCAAUAACAUUAUCAAGUUUGAUUUUUGAGAAUUCUGUUUGUGGAAAGGAAUGUUAUCUUUUU